AUGAGCAGCAGCGCCCUGCCCGUCUUCACCGGCAGCAGCGCCCUGCCCGUCGCGUCGGGCCGUCGCCCCGCCGAGUGGGAGAACCCAGAGUGCUUCGGCAUCGGCAGAGAGGAGGCGCGCGCGUCGCACUGCGCAGCGGAGAGCAGGGAGGCGGCGCUCGCCGGCAGAGCACAGAGCGGUCGAUAUCUCUCGCUCAACGGAAGGUGGCACUUCCGUUGGUCCGAGAGUGCGCCCGCCAACGGUGUGCCGUCGGGAGACUUCGCCGCGCCGACCUUUGACGACAGCGGCUGGGGCGAGAUCGAGGUGCCCGGCAACUGGGAGCUGCAGGGCCACGGGUUUCCAAUCUACACAAACGUGCAGUACCCGUUCGAGCACAACCCGCCCGCGAUCGCGUACAAGGGCCGCGAGCCCGGCGCGCGCUACAACCCGUGCGGCGAGUACCGCACCGCCGUCGACAUGCCUUGGGACCCCGCGGCCGGCCCAGUCUAUCUCCACCUCGGCGCUGUCACAUCGGCGGUGUACGUCUGGGUCAACGGGGCGGAGGUGGGCUACUCGCAGGACUCGAAGCUGCCCGUCGA